AUGAGCUCCGACACACCGAGGCGUCAAAUACCGGAUGGCGCGGUGAGCCGCAAAGCCAAGUGGAACAGUGAUUCUUGGGAAAAGACUCAGAGUAAGUUGAAGCGGCAUUGCGGUGAAGGGAAGACAGCUUUCGUCGAUUGCUCGCAUGCAGCAGACUCUUCGAUCUGCCAAGCUAACAAGCUCACACAGGACGACCUCCAAUACGUGAAUUCGCUGAUGUACCAAGACGCAGACAAAGUCAGACAGGAUGCCUUCAUUACCUCGUUCGUAGGUUUCGAGAGCGUGCAACGUCGUAGACCACGAGCGGGCUCAGCGGAUAGUCGUCAGAGAGAUUACACGGCACAAUACUCAAUCCCGGUGCUGAGGAGUCAACCAGCAGUGAGGGUGUGUGCCGCAAGUUUUCGCAGCAUAAUGGGCGUGGGUGCGAAGGGGGUUCACAACCUGAUGAAGUUCAAGAUUGAGGAAAAAUGUUCCCGUCCCGAAAGAAGAGGAGGCCGGCGAAUCAAUGAGGCUCACGAAGAGAAGAAGAAGUUAAUACGAGAGCACAUUGAGCGCUUCCAGUGCAAAGACUCUCACAAUGCUCGUGCCAACGCUCCGAAGCGACAAUACUUGUCGAGUGUACUGAGUGUCUCGAAAAUGCACACUAUGUUCCUCGAAAGUCAUCCAGAUUCCGGAGUAGGGUACAAAACCUACUACCAUACGUUUGCUUCCGAAUAUAAUCUGGCAUUCGGUCACCCACGUACGGAUGUCUGCUCCACUUGUGUCAGCUUCACGGAGAAGCUUCGGGUCGAGCAGGAUGAGGAGAACAGGAAACUCAUUGUCGCAGACCAAGCAUUGCAUCGGUCCCGCGCGAAAAAGUUCCAUCCAUCCUCUUCAUGA